AAUUGUUCGAUAUGUGUUGAAAAACGAUUUUGUAGUUACAAGUGGUAGUGUUACAUAAUAUUUUAUUUUCUAGUAUUUGUGAUGAUGGAAAAUGCCUCAUUGACAUUUCCUACAGCUUCAUUUUAUGGACAGCGUAAGUUGAGAGAUAUAUUGCGGUUUAGUGCAAUAGAUUCUGAAAAAAAUUUGAAGAAAGGAACUUCUUUGCCACCACAAAUAGUCAGUAUUAAUGGUCCUUCUAAAACAUGGCAAGUGUUUCGCAGUCAGGCAAAGGCUUUAGCGUUUGCAAGGUCUCGGAGGAAUGGAUUGAUGACUUUUGCAUUUCAGGAUGAUUCAGGCAACCGCCUCUUUCUUGUUACGAAUCCAUGUGUAUUUUGGUUUUAUGAUGAAUUGAAACAGCCCCACCAGCGAUGUUCGUAUGAAAUAAUAUCGGAGCAUUCACCAAGUAAGCUCUACUUUGAUUUAGAGUUUGCUAAAGAAUGUAAUUCUGAGUGUAAUGGUGUUGAGAUGAUUGAAGUUUUUCUGAAGAUUGUUUCAUUUUAUCUGCAAAAGAAAUGGCAACUGUCAGUCAAUCGUAGUCACAUUGUGGAUUUAGAUUCAUCUUCACCUGAUAAAUUCAGUCGUCAUUUGAUCUACGAAAUCCCUGGAUGUGUAUUCAAAGACAACUUGCAUGUUGGCAACUUUGUUAAGGAUGUCUGCAGCCAAUUAAAACAUUUUAUACAUCUGUGUGAUUCUGAUUAUAAUAUAAAUAAAAGUGCCGCAGGUGGUGACAAUCAAGACUUAAAUAAAAUAAGCAAUCUCUAUGAUGUAAGCUUGUCAGACAUAUGCAAGUUAUUUGUUUUUGACAAGAAUGGAAAAAAGAAACUGUUUUGUGAUGAGGGUGUUUAUACAAGAAACAGACAGUUCAGAAUUUAUAAAUCUACAAAACAUGGUAAGAACUCUCCUCUAGUUCUUAGUCAGGAAAAUCAGUUUCAAAUUGAUACUGAAGAUCUUAAAAAACAUGCACUCAAUGAAGCUGUUUUUUUACAUUCACUUGUUACUUACAUACCACAGGGAGAUCAUUUAAGAAUAUUGGACUCCCUUUCUGUCGAAUCAUCAACUAGCAGCAUGCCUCAAAUGGUGCUUCCUAAGAGAUCUCCAAAUGUUACGACAGAAUCGCCUUACCCUGAAGUGGAUCAGUUUGUACGUUCACUCAUCAGACCAAAUGGGAAAAUUAUUAGAACUUGCUUUUUUUCUACAAGCAAUAUUAUUGUGUAUGAUAUUGUUGGCUUCAGAUAUUGUGAAAAUAUUGGCAGGGAGCAUUGCAGUAAUAACAUUAAGUACGUAUUUUACCUCGCAAAACUAUGCUAUUAUCAGAAAUGCUAUGACCCUGACUGCAGAGAUUAUCGCUCGCCCAUGAAAGAUCUACCCACAGAUCUUAUGUUUUGUUUGCAAAAUGACGGGGAGGAUGAGCCCAACUGUGUUGGGUAUUUUGGCAUUCCGAAAGAUGAGUUGGAAAUGUUGGAAGGAAUUGAUAAAGAUGAAUAUAAUUUUGAUGAUUGGCUGUGCAAAGACAGCAGUGGUGCAGUGAGUGGUGAUUGUGAAAGUUCCUUCCCAGAUUAUGGAGUCUCCGAUUUUGACAUGCUGCAGCUUCCAGAAAGUAAAAAUUCUAAGUAAAACUUUAGUUUCCACUUAGUUUUUUUAUUAGUUAUUUUAGAAAUUAAAUUCCUUGCUUAUUUUUGACACACAUAUAUUAUGCCAAACAAUUGUUGUUCCCCUCCCCAUCUCUCCUAAGAAUUGAUGAAUUCGUAUCUACAAAAAUUUUAUUUUAAUUUUG